AUGUGGCAACACCAAGGACUGACUGAGGUUUUGGCUGAUGACAAGGGGUUCUUUAUUUUCAAGUUUGCCUCGGAAAUGGAGUGUAAUAACAUCUUGGCCAAUGGCCCUUGCAUGGUCAUGGGGAAACCUAUGUUUUUGAAAAAAUGGAAGAAAGGCAUGGUACUCAAUCAGGAUUCCUAUAGAUUCAUUCCCCUAUGGAUCAAGUUCUAUAAUAUUCUAUUUGAGUUUUGGACAGCAAAGGGCUUCAGUUAUGUUAUCAGUGCUGUGGGGAGACCUUUAUUUGCUAAUAAACUCAUUGAAACCAAGAAGAGAUUAAGCUACGCAAGGCUGUGUGUGGAGGUGGAUGCCACAAAACCCUUUAUUGAGGAUUUCUUGCUUGAAGCUGAGGAUGGGGUAUGGAUUGACAUCAAGGUUGAGUUCCAAUGGAAGCCUAUGGUGUGCUCUUCAUGUCAGUGCUUUGGCCACCUUGACUCCAGAUGCCCUGUCAAGAAAAUUAUAACCAAGUUGGUGAAUAUUGAGGCUCCUGUGACCAUGGAAGGACCUAUUGUGCAGGAAGAUAAAGAUUUUACCACUACCAAGGUAACAGCAACUCCUGCUAGUAAUGUAGGUACUGCAAUGGCAGCUACUAUUGGCUAG